AGAAUCAAUAAAAAAGAGUGAACUGUAUUCGAAGUAGAGCAAAACCGUAACAUCAGAUGCAUAAUUAGCCUUUUGGUUAAAACGGAAAAGCAGCAAAAUGUAUCUCAUACAGACUGUCCAGACAACGUGGCGGCCACAACUGCCUUUGCCCCGAGAGCUUCAACUGACCGAUGACCGGAAUAACAGCACCGACGAUCACGAUUCGAAGGUGAUCACCACCACAACCACAGCGGAUAUACACAACCAUAACCAUCAUCAUCAGCAUCAUAUCCACAACCCAGAGGAGCAGGAGCAGGAUCAAGAUCAGGAAGAGGACAUGGAUCGACUGCGGGGCAAUCACAGCAUUGGUGGAUCAUCACAACAGCUUUCUGGCAAACAGAAAUGGUCCUUUGGCCGACUAUUUCGCAAAAAGAAGGAGGCAGAAAGUGCCUCCUCAAGCGAAGAGGAUCGCAAGGCCGGAUUUGUGCCCGCCCAACGUCAGUCAGCCAGCAAACCGAAAUCAAAGCACGGAAAUAAAGGAUCUUCCCGUAGUAGCAGCAGCAGAUUCGAUCACAUUGUGGUGAAUCCACAGCAGCAGCAGCAGGCGCCACCACAUCCGCCUCAACCCAUCGAUAACGAGUUCUUUCUGCCCGUGGAAACCAUACAGCCGGAACCGUACUACCAAAAUCAGCCUGGGUAUUACCAGCGCUCUAGCAACUCCCUGGACAGAAGACUACUCCUGCAACAGCCACAGGGAAAUGGCUAUCAUCAUCAUAAAUCCCGCUCGGCGCAGAGAGGAGGUGCUACCAAGCCACCUGGAGUGGCCAACUCUAGUGGAGCAGAGGAGGAGCUGAUAUCGUUGAAUUCUUCCACCUUCUCCAAGUAUCGCAGCGAUGAGAGCAUCCAUUUGGGUUCCAUGGCUCCAGGACAAAGUCGACGUAGUCGAGCAGCUCGCAAUGAGCGUUACUACAAGAGACUCUCCCGCGAUGGGGAGCAGAGUCAUGGAGGAGCACCAAAUAUUCUACCACAACAGCAUCAUCACCAUCAGCAGCAGCGGUACAAGACACAGCCCUUGCCCUUGUCCAUUUACCAGCCGACGACAAAUGCUCCAACCAGUGGCUAUGUCCAAUGGCAACCGCAGCCGCAGAAGAACCUGCAGAACUCAAUGCAGAACGAUGGAAAGCGAAGCAUCAGCUACGAUAGUCACAUACAUUUGCAGAAUUUGAGUGGCAGGAUGCAGAGUAAACCUUUGCCGCCACCACCACCGCCCAGAGAUCCACUGAGGCGAGUGCAUGUUAGUGGUUCCGGAUCGGGUCUUCAGAUCGGAUCCAGUUCUGGGGAUUUGCGACCCGUUUCAUACGCCUUUGAUCAAAGCGGUCGCUGUGUGUCCGAUGAUCGAAUUUGGCAGCCGCCACACUAUCAGUCGGUGCAUUCGCUCAACUCUCAGCCAAGUUCUUCGAUAGCCAGUGCUCCUGUCCAGCAGCCACACCAUCGGCGCUUUAUCACACGUUCCGAGCGGAAUGCACAUCCUGGAAAGCAAUCUCUGCCAAAUGGCAUUGAUUUCCAUUAUGUGGCAGAUGCAACGCCUCGGUCGAGGAAGCCCAUACACAUGAUGGAUACGGGGAGAUUGGAUAACGAAAGAAGCGGAGGAGGAGGAGGAGUACCAGCUUCCAGUGGCAUACUGAGAACCUCCAAGAGUGGCCUGGCCACAUCAAGUCCCGCUCCUCAGCAGCAACAGCAACAGCAGCCGCUUCUGACCAAACCCCGUUCAUUUUCCAGCUCGCGUUUGAGCGAACUGAGGAGCUAUCCCAUGCCCAUGUACUCCGAGGUGCAAAAGCCCAAGAGGAGUGCUCCUCCGCCUGUAAAUACUUCACCCAGCGAUCAGGAUAACAACAUCAUUUGCGGUAGUCUGCACAUCAAACCCAGUCUGGAGUCUGGUCAGAACCAAAACUAUGUGGAGAUACGUCAUCACGAUGUCCACAAGACCAACUCGAUGCCACAUCAUUAUCAAAACCGUAGAUCUGGCGAGGAUUUGCCCAACAAAUACGAAGAAUAUGUGGCCGAGAAGCGUGAGCAGCAUCAGCAGGCACCAGCUCCUGUCUAUCCGGAACGGAAAUUGAGCUGUACUCCUGCUUUGGCACCAGCUCCAGUACCAGUUUACUUCCCCCGGAAGAAGCCAGCCAAUUUGGAGGAGGCCAUCAACGAACUGGAGGCCAUCUACAAAUCAUUGGGACUGACAGAACCAGCUGAACCCAAAGCAGAACCCAAGCUGGAUAUGAUCUCGAAGAUGAGAGUGCCGACACCCAGUGAUUUUGAGAAGUUCGCUCUGGCGCAUGCCGAUGAGUACGAGGACGAGGAUUCACCAACAGGUGAACCCGAUCCCGUUAGGGACGAUGUGGCGUAUAGGAACCUGCAGCUGGCUAAUCUUCAGCAUCGAUCAUCAGAGAAACAGCCACCAUUUGGCAUACCGGUGGGUCCCAUUGUGCCUGCUCCUCAAUCCGACUAUCUUCACGUGGAACCUGUGAGGGUCAAAAAGAAGACGAACUCUCCGGAUAUUGUAAAAGAUGAUUUGGCUGUGCGUGCCCUGCGUAAAGAUCCGCCGGGACCCAAGUCCAGUUUUGUGUAUCCCAUGCAAAAGAAGCAGAGAGCUACAAGGACACAGUCGGCCAACAUUUACAACCUGAUUCAAAGGGAUGCUGCGAAACCCUCAGGCGGAGAUCUAAACAGUUACAUGGAGCUCACACGCAACUUGGAGAGAUCUGGAAGUAUGUCCAAUCUUCAGGGUGAAGCUGAUGAUGUGCCAGCCACAUUGGAUUUGCUGCGCAAGCUGAAAGCCCAAGAUGAAGAGCUGGAUAUGGCCAGGAAACAUCAUCCCAUACCCUUCCGGCAUCCUAGCCAAGGUGGAGCUAUUGCCCAGCUCCCAGAGCGACUCCUGACCAAAGAAGAUCAUCAGUCACCGCGUGCGGCACCUGUGCCAGCUCCCCGGAAGAGUCUCUCACCGGAACCCACAAUGAUGGAUGAUGCUCUCAACAAGAUUGCCCAGGAUGCACAGGCCAGCAGCAUUAAGUUGAGUCACGAACUCAACGAACUCCGCAAGGAGGCUUUGAUUACAGCUGCAAGACCCAAAUUAAAUGCAGAACAACAAAGAUUGGAGGAGGAACUGCAGCAGAUCGAGGCUGUUUCCGAGGCAGCCAAGCGCUGUGGUCAGAUGCUACUGGAUACACUGCCCGAUGCGGGUCAGGAGGAGGAUCAGGAGCCCCAAGAGAAGCCACCAAGGAAGCUGCAUAAGGAGGGCAAACUCAUUCGAGCCAUUGACGAAGUCUCCGAGGCGGCCAAUGCUGUUUGCGAGAAGAUCCUCAAGGAUAUUGUGACCACUGAGCCACCGGUGAUUGUCCAUGAGGCUCUUCAGGUGAAGCAGACCACCAAAACUUUGCCCAGCGGAGAGCAGCUGGUGAUGCCGCAUCUCAUCAAGAAACUGGAUCCCAUACAAUCGGACAAGAUCGAGCAUAUAGCCAGGCGAUGCAUGCGCCAGUUGAGCGAAUUGGCCAAUCCGGAUUACGACAACCUGGUGGACACCUGUAAUAUGACCAACAGCAACAUCACCAAUGCGCCGGGUGAUGCCACUCUCGUUUGUCCCGUUCCAGAGAAUCGUGCCGGCGGCAAGAGUCAGACGCUCGAGGAGAUUGAUAAGAUCAUGCAGGAGUGUGAGCGUCAGGCCAAGGGCAGCAGCUCGACAGGAUCAGGAUCGAUUUCGACCCCCAAUACCAACACAACCACCGAUGAUCAGCGCACCACUGCUCCCAGUUUGACCAGCGGAAGUGGAAGCGGCAGCGGUUGCGGAAGCUUCCCACCAAAUGUGAGCACCACCGCCAGCUCGUUCAGUUCGAGCAGCGAUUGUUUGGCCAAGUCGUCGAGUCCAUCGCGAGCCAGUCGACCGCUCUCCUCGAGCAUCACCUCCUUCAAUCCGUACUCCUCCAGCGACUAUAUCAAGUCGCAGAGCAGCGAUUGCCAUGCACCCAGCACCGAUCCGAUCAAGACCUUCAGCACCACCUCGUAUGAGGGUCAGUCCACACCGCAGAGCACCACCAUCAGCACGAACACGAUGAGCACGACGAUCAGUAGUAACACAACUAAUAAUCCCAGCAGUGUGCAGGAGUCCUCGUCGCAUCCAACCGCCUCGCCGCCGCCUCUACAGUUGACACCGGUGGGUGAGCGUAGGAAGCGUGGAGCAUCAUGCUCCUCCGCAACCUCAUCGCCAUCACAGUACAACUCCAGUGAGGAGCUGGCCGCCAUAUUUGGCAUUGAGGAGCAUCCAAAGCAUCGCAGCAGCAACCGGCUGACGACAAAUGCCACAGAAACCAUUGCGGCCUCCAGUGACUUAUCCACAGCACCUGCCACUGCCACUGCCAAAACUCAGGAGAAGAAGCAGCUAGCGAAGUUGCUGCCAAAUCAGGAUAAGCAGCAGACCAACUCGGAGGAUUCCAGCUCACAGAGGAGCAGUGUCGCCGUGAAGUAUCGUGGCCAGCAUCCGCAUUUCCAUCACCAUACCACGCCCGCCUACUAUACGGAUCUGCAGCUAAGGAUUCACACACCAAAUGUAUCGGAUGCAGGGGCAUUGAACGAGAACUAUCGAAGUGUCUAUACUACGCCCAGCACUCAGUUGGUGGAGCAACGAUCCUUUCCCAAAACCUCGACGGCAUCGAGUGUGGCACCAGUCUCGUUUUUUCGUGGCGACUCUGCGUCCAGCGAGGGGCGCGCAGGCGGAAAUCGGAGCCGGAGGUCACAGCCAAGGACCGGGAGCGAGGGUCGCUUCUUCAGAUACUCUCAGGGAUCUGUGAGCCCUACCAAAGGUGAAGUUAGCCACGAGGGCAACGAGCCCAUUACGAACCACAACUCCCCCAUCACAUCCAGCACGGUCAUAAGUAGUUGUAAUCCCGUAGAGCAGGCUAGUCCCGUAGUAAACGCAUCCGCAUCCGGUCGCAAUAGCCGGCACAAGCAGCGCUUCCACAGCCGAUCCCGGCGAGCGGUGCGCGUGCGCAGUGAGUCGCGUCCCAUUAGCGCCCUAUAUGACAUAAUAUGCAAGGAGAAGAACCUGGACGUGGGUCACACCAGCAGCAGCAGCAGCAGCAGCAACGAGGAGCAGGAGCAGGAGCGGCAGAAGGAGAAGGAGCAAUCGAAGGAGGAUCAAUCCCAGCAGGACUCCCCUAAGAUCACAACCGACAAGCUGGCGACCUUUUGGCCAUUGCACCAUCACUACCUCAAUCCCCAAAUGAGCAGCAGUGGCAAUCCCAAGCAGCCAAAGCAGCUUCAGUUACCAGGAGCCAGGGGAGCUCCCUCCAGCAGUGAGGAUGAGGAGGGUGCCCUGCAUGCCCUGCACUCCAGUCACAAGGUCACCAAUCUGAGUGUCAAGGCCAAUUCACUGCCACCUCCGGAAGAUGAUUCCAUUGCCUUGAGCUCCCCACUUAAGGAAAACUCUAGCCGGCUAAGUUUACGUCUGGCCAAGAGUCUGGAGCGAGCAGCUCCUGUUUCAGAGGAUGCCCCCUCCUACAGUCCCGGAGAGCCCAUUUGCACGGAAAGGUUAUUUGUGGAACCACCCAAGAUGCCCAAACCUGCCACAAGGCACACCCUCCAUGACGAUGAUGAUGGCGAAGAGUACGACAACACUUUGCAGUUCAAUCAGUGUGAUGUUAUGGAUCACUGGGGUCAGGAGCUUCGCUCUAGUGCGGGACAGGAACUGGUCAAUGGAGUGUCGGCCAAUGGCCAUCAGUCAGAUCCUGAAGCAGAAUCACCAACACAAGCUCAUCCAUCAUCAUUGCAACCAGUAGAACCCAAGCCACAUCAGUCGCAUCAUCAUCACCACCAGGCCACCAAUGCGCGCAGAUUUAUAACGCGCACCACACGCUCCGCCAGUCGCCAGAGUUCCGCCGGACAUUCGCCGCCUCCAUUUGUAGCCGGACACAGUGACUCCUCCUGCAGUUCACCAUCGCCCACAAGGAAACGGAAUAAUAAGCAAUUACAAUCAGGUGCUGCCACCGUUGAUACUCAAUCCUCGGCGAAUGGUAAUAGUUCCGCCUAUGAGACGGCAGCCACCACUGUGAUGACCCACGGCCCGGCCACGCCACCACCGUCCUCGCAAUAUCAUCAUCAGCAUCAUCAGCAUCAGCAACACCUUCAGCUUUAUCCUACCGCUUCAGUUCCUAAGACUCCAUCGGUAGAGUCUCAAUCAGGAGCAAUUGUCACAUCCUGCCCAGCCUCAUCGAACGCCAUCUCAGCCAGCAGCAGCAGCAGCAGCCAAAGAGGAGGAAAAUCGGGCAAAUGCAGUAUAAGUUGCAACAACAGUCAAUACAACAAUAAUAACUGCAACACGAGGCAACAACGACACAGCAACAUUAGCAGCAGCAACAUUAGCAGCAGCAACAACAAUACUAACCAACAACAACAACAACAACAACAGCAUUUGCUUAAAAAACAACAACAAAACCAGGCCACGCCCAUGCCGCCUUUAGCCACUGCAACAACAUCGAUUGCAUCUUCUUCACCAGCCAAACGCCGCAAGAAUCCAGUGUCGCCACUGCGUCUGGGUUCGGUCUUGGUCUCCGCUUCUGCCACCACCUCAUCCACCAUUGCUCCUCCGCUUGCAAUUGCCAGUCCGCUGCUUAGCGGUGGCAGCGGCGGCGGCGGUGGCAGCUGCUCCUCAUCAGCCACCUCGCCCCAAACCUCGCCAGCGGUGCGCACCACCAAGGCGAGUCGUCUACGCGCCGCCGCCUUGGAUAAAAAGAAGGAAGAAGAGCAGCAGCGUCAACGUUAUAGUUCACCCGUAUCGCCCCGCAACGGUGGAGGACCAUCAUUGGCUCAACGUCGCCUCAGCAGCUCCGAGCUGUCACCCAAAUCGCCGGGUCAAGUCAUCAGUGGCUUCAACUCGGAGCCAGGUUCUUCGUCCAACCGAGUCGUCCAGUCAAGAUCUGCCUCACAACCGGCGGAGACACCACCAACCCAGCGACGUCAGCCCCUAGUGGCCAUCAGUUCGGGCCUCUCGAUGAAACAAUCCCUCAGCGAAUUGCACUUUACGGGCGGAGCUGUGAGUCCGCCCAAGGCCUUGGCAGAGUGCACGCUUCGUAUGCGACCACGUAGCUCCACAAUGAGCACGGACCAAGGAGCAGAAAAUGGAACACGUGACCAUUUGGCCAAUCUCCAACUGAGUCCUGUGCAAAAGCACAAGAGAACGCCUGAAGUAUCACCACGUCGUUUGGGUGAUCGCGACAAGUCGGCCAAGCGGAAAUCGAAUCUAAACCGUUCGUUGACCGAGGAAGCCACCAAGGAUGGCGAUGAGGCUGCUGCCUCUUCGAGCCGCCGUCGACGACGUCGUGAAUUGGGCAUGGCCCGUCCUUUGGUUCCUGGCGAUGAUGAAGCUCUGAGGGAUUUGCUACACUCGCCGCUGAAGAGUUCCUGCAGUGAGUCAACGACUACAAACACCUCCAAGUCAGAGUCCACCUAUCGUCCAACUUAUCCGGCCGUGCGUCAUCCGGAGGUUCCUGUUCGCACCAUGACCGCUGUAUUGCCCGCUCCACGACCCUUGCAUGCUCCUGUGGCAGCCCGUAAUGUGACUCAGAAGUUUAAUGAACGAACCAAGACAGAUUUGGCCGAAAUCAAAAAGAUUGCAGAGCAAUCGGAGCAACAACAGCAACAGCCCACGGAGGAGCCCACCACCAGUCAGAAAUUGUCAGCCAUAUUGCGUCGCAAGAGCACGGAUGAGGGUGGAGUUGCGGGUUUACCAGCUCAAAACUCACCGCCGGCACCCAAUCAAAUUGUAUCCAUAUUGAAGAAAAAGGAGCAUGGCCUCGGUGAUUGCAACUCGAGUGCCUCGAGUAAUGCCUCACCGGUGACCUUCUCCUCGAGCGUGAUGGAUCCACCGCUGGCUGGAGCAGCAGCUCGCUGCAAGCGUCAGGGAAUACUCAAGAAGCGUUCGAGUUUGGAUGAGUCACGCUACUAUUCCCGUUCCCAUUCGCCCGAUGAGCGAAGCAUACUAAUCAAGUCCGCACGAAGGAAUUCUCUGGAAGAAGCAGGCACUGGACUGAGUCCAGCCCAUCAGGGCCAUGGCAUCCUCAAGCAGAGUAGCUACGAUAGCAGCAAGAGUGAUGGUUGCCCCUCGGCCAAUGAGAGUCAGCCGCAUAGCAUCCUAAAGAAGAAGGACUCGUUGUCCACACCCUCGGAUGGUGGUUGCCACAAGCAUGUGUCCAUUUCACAAGCUGUUACUCUGGCGGCAGCUGAGCUGGCCGCCCAUGAUGGUGGUUCUACACUGGAGGAUGGCACUGAAGAGCCUGAGAUACGACCGAUUCUGAAGCAGGAGAGCACCUCCAGCGAGGAGGCAGUGCGUCCCCCGAAGCCCAUACUAAAGAAGAAAUCUUUUGGUGAGGCCGAUGAGCCUGAGAUGAUACGUCCCAUCUUGAAGAGUUCGCGCAAGAGCAGUCGUGAGGAGUUCGACUUGAGCGGUCUGGACCAUGACGGCAAUGCCGUUGAUUCCCUAUCCUCAAUCCUCAAGAGUGACUCUCCUUCAAAGCGCCGGUCGCUGGGCUCCACUUCGCAUGACCUGGAGGAAUCCAACAAUAGCUUAUUGAAGCGACGCACUCGUUCACUGGAGCGUCAGGAUGCACCGCCUGUUAUGGAUCUAGCAGCGGCACUGGAUGCCAUCUCCACCUCGCAAGCAGCUCCAAGUACUCCUGUUGAUUUUGUGACCACACCAUCGAGCAUUUCGGUGGCUGAGCGAAUUAAGCGCAUGGAGAUGCUCUCCUCACCCACAGCCCGUGUGGCUGGUGGGCCCAAUGGUAGCUGGGAAUCCCCACUGGAGUCGGCUACCAAGGGAGAGCAGCUGGGUGCCACACCCAGGCUCUUGAAGCCAAGUGUCCUGCGCAGGGAUCUGCAAAGAGAGCGAUACAAGACGCAGCCGGUGACCAGCGAGGAGAAGAGCUUCUUCAAAGCCAACUCCGCGCCCUUUGACAUCUCGGCCACGUCGGCCUUUAAGCCCACCAAGCCGCUGGACAUCCGUUUGAGCCACGCUCUGCCGCAUCCGCCGCUGAUCUCGCCCAUAACCGGACAGCCCCUAAGUCACGUCCCGGCACCCCUGCUGCUCUCCUCUUCGACGCACUCGGGUACAGGUGGAGCCACAUCCUUCUAUCGUCUCACACGCAGCUCCACACAGCCGCUGCAAUCGCCACGAGUUGUCCAUUUGGCCAGUCAGGGAACCACGACCAAUCCGUUGGCACGCCAAAAUUCGAUCAACGACACCAGCUCCGGCAGCGUCAAUCUCAGCGAGCAACUGACUCUGUCGCUUGGAACGGACAGCGAACAGCACAUCUUCGAGAUGUCCGGCCUGGAGGAGGAGGACUCGGCAAUUCAGUCGCUGAGCGAUGAGACAGCCGCUUCCGCAACAUCAGCAGCAGCCACCGCAACCGCCACAGAUACCACCACCACAGCGCCAUCUAGUGGACUGACGCGUAGCAACAGUGUGCGAGCCAGGGCCAAUAUGUUCCAGCAAUUGCAGGAACAGUCGCGCACUCCGCGGGCUACGACGGGAUCAUCUGGAACCCGACACUCUCCGCCGGCGGCAACCACCGAAGUGUCGCCUCCAAGACCCUCUGAUCAUUCCCUGCCAAGUUCCGAAGAGCUGUCAACGCCAAAUACAACGCUGGAUGCCGAGUUUGAACCCUCGUCCCUCUCGCUGGCCGAGCGCCUGGCCUUCUUCAGCAGCCUGUGCGGGAACAACAACAGUGGAACGAACAGUGCCAGUGGCAGGUAUCGCAGUCGGACCAGCAGCUACUCCAGGAGUCCACCCAUAGAUCGCACCACGCCCAGGAGCAGCACCACCGCCAGCAGUAGUGUCAGUGUGACGCCCACGCCCAUGGAUUAUUCCCCAAUACCGCACGAAAAGGAACCCUCAAGCCUGACCCUGGAGAGCAUCAUAGAGCCGGUCGAGCAGGAGCAAGUGGAUGCCAAGACCAAAGAGCCAGUUCUCAGCGAGUCACCCCUGCACAAUGGUUUCAAUGCCCUAAGCAGAUCCGCCACAGAUCCUACAAAUGCUGCCACGCCCAUUCGAACCAUCCGUUUGCGAACCGUGGGCAAGCUUGUCCUGCCCGAAUCCUUCCGGAAUGAUAGGAAUAAUAAUACCAAGACGAGCAGCAACAACAGCAGUCCCAACUGGAACACUUUACAGCCCAAGUUGCAGACCUUAAACUCCAUCGAUGUUGCCGUCACAGUUCGCUCCAUUGGCAAGAUCAAGUCACCGUUUAUUGAAAAGCAGCAGGAGAAGAUGACCAAUGGGACAAAUAGCAGUGAUAGUGGCUCUGAUUCGGGCAAGGAGAACUGUGCCUCCAAUCAUCAGCAGCAGGAGCAUCAGCAGCAACAGGAUCAGGAUCGUGAAACAGCUCAAAAGGUGUCCGAGGUGCGGAGGAAGAUCAACCGUUUGGUGCAGCAGCAGCAAUAUCAGCCGCCUCCAGCCGUGAAUCGUCGGCACACCACCGAGAUCACCUCCAUCACAAUGUCAGUGGGCCGAACGCCCAAUGUGGACGAUCGUUAUGCCAAAUACUUUGGAGUGAAGCGCAAGGAUAAAGACAGUGAAGAUGAUAUUGAAAAUGAGACCUACAAUAGCACCACACUGCUCAAGACCCAAUCGCUGCCGCCGACACAAAGUCAUAGCCACCAUAACCAGGUGGAGGCCACCAAUGCUCUUGUGCGUCUGCCCAUUACGAUAACAGUGCCGUCGGCGACGGCCAAGCGAAGGGAGAUGCUCAAGCGGUCACGUCCGGCGUCUAUGGAUCAUUAUACCAACGGCUGCAUCAGUCCCACAUCCGCCAUGCCAAGUCCCAAGCGUGCCCAUUCGCCCAACAAUCGACUGAAGGCCACCAUUUCCAACUUUGAGGACAUUGUUGUGACGCCCGAUGAGCUGCAGGCCGCUGGCAAGGAUUUCAAGCGGCUGUGCGGCGAGAUAUUGGGCUGAUAGGAAAAUUGUCUAUUUUGGCCAAGCAUUCAAAAUUUUUCCAAUUUUUCCAAUUUUGCCUUUCAGUAAUCCCUCUUAAAAAUCCAGCGCUCAGUGUGAUAGAUGCGCCCCGAAACCAUAAACCUCUUCCGCGACUAUUCUUUCGCCAAUAAAAUAAAUUAAAACUGAAUAGAACGAACGAAAAAUAAAUCCCAUGAAAUGUGUAAAUCGAAAACGAAGUAAUAAUAAUAAUAAAAGGCAAAACUAUUUAAAGAGUUAGGCUUUUGUAUUUAAACCAAGAGACAGUUUUAAAAUUCCCAUUAAUAUGGCCCGUAAAAACAACCUUCCAGUUAAAAAACCAUUAUCUAUUAUAAUGCGAACUCUGCGCUUUUGUGCUUAUAUUUAUACACUACUUUUUAUUUACAUUUAAAAACGAAUUGUACCUUAAAAGGAAUUAUUAUAUUGAUGCGUAUUGUAUUACAUUUAUUAUUAUUAUUAUUAUUACUAUUACUCUUAUUAUUAUUAUUGUAAUAUUUAAUGAAUAAUGCAAGUUGUUAGACCGAGAAACGAGAAAAUAAAUACAAGAAAUG